AUGUUUAAUUCCUCUGACUGUUGGCUGCAAGCUUCAUUAAAUUAUGGUGUUUUAUACUUUUUUGGCGCCAAAGUUAAAAAACUUCACUUUGAUCUAAAACUAAUCUGUUUAAAGGUAGAGUCAGCGAUUCUAAUCCAGUACACUAGUGAAUAAAUACAAACACUGUGGAUUUCUUGCAAACUGUUUUGGUUUCUGCUGCCGGUCAGCCUGGUGGAGGCAGUUUCUCCGCCCGCCGUCCUCUCAGCUGACAGACAGACGGCUGCUUGAACGCCGGUCGGGUGAGGAGGAGUCGGGAGGCUGCAGAGCGGCGGUAAAUGUGGACGGACUGUUGACUGUUGUGCUCACAAGAAACACAUCUUUUUCCGCUCGUGUUAAAGUGUGAGAGGAGCAGCGGUGAUUCUAUAGCUGAUGCAUCGCUCUGGGUCCGCCAUAUUACUCUUUUGCUCGUUGCCAUGGCAAUCUGUAUCCAUGAAUUUCAGGGGGAUGGAGCCUCAGAAGGAGCACAAAUGGAUUUGUUUGGGUGUUUAGUUCAAAUAUCAACAAUCUUUUUCCUCCAGAAUGACUGACUCCACCUUUAAUCCAAGAUCAAUGUGUAAAACAUUUAGAAACUUUAAACUGACAUUAAACCGGCUUCUUAAUUCAGAUGUUGCUCUAAUGAAGAAUAACUUCUCAUCAGUGAUUGUUUAACACAUUUAUGUCGCUUACAUAGAACCCAGAGUUUCAUUUUAAAACUGUGCGACAACAGCUGAGUUUAAACUCAAAUCCGGUUUUAUGAAUCCAGGUUAAGUCGAGCUAAGCCUCGUUAGCUUACAGGAAUUCUUGACGACUUCACACGCUGUUCUCACUGCUGUCCUGUUAAGCUGCAGCUAUAAAACCAACUGAAUCUAUGAGCAGUGAUCAAGUCUCAUACGCUGCCUGGCUGUUGUGCCACAAUUGCUUCAUCCCGUCACUUUUCUCCCUGCCAGGGAACCUGAUAGCAUCUGUCCCGCGUCCAGUCCAGGGAGGCGACUUCCUUCUGGCAGAAAUUUACGAUGUUCCUCGGAGAGUUGCGGUGGUAUUUCUGGAGCCUGUCGACCGAUUGGUCUGAUGUGGCUCUGCUACCAUAAAUAGGGUUGACUUUUCUGCUGAGUGUGCACAUCACACCUUAUAUACCCUGUUUAAUCUUUACUGUUCUGGACUUGCCAGUGUCAAACCCCCCUUCUUCUUCUUCUUCCACCUUCCUCCUCACGUUCUCACGUUCAGUAGGUGAGGGACUUCAUUCGCUCUGGGUGUGAAGAUCAAAAACAGCCAAAAUGUCUGACGGAAAGAAAAUGACGUCCAGCCGCAGGCAUCAUCUGAAGAGUUUGAUGCUGCAGAUCGCCGCCGGAUGGAUCGAGCAGGAGAAGAAGGAUCUCGAGGUGACGAAGGCGGCCUACAUGUCCGAGCACUGCCCCAAACCCGACCUCAGCGGAGACCAGGCCGCCCUCCUGGAAGUCUGCAAGAAGAUCUAUCAGGCUAUCGACAAGAUCGAUGAGACGAGGUACGACGCCGAGGUCAAAGUGAAGAAGAGUGACAAAGAGAUUGAGGAUCUGAAGCUGAAGGUGGUUGAGCUGGCUGGCGUGAAGAAACCAGCCCUGAAGAAGGUGCGUAUGUCUGCUGACGCCAUGCUGCAGGCUCUGCUGGGUGGCAAACACAAGGUGACCAUGGACCUGAGGGCCAACCUGAAGCAAGUCAAGAAGGAGGUCAAAGAGGAGCCAACAGAGGCGGUCGGCGACUGGCGUAAGAACAUUGAGGAUAAGGCUGACAGGAAGAAGAUGUUUGAGACUUCCUAAACCUUUCCCGGACCGGCGAGGAUGACAGCAGGGAAGACGUUUCUGUCCGAGGUCUGAGUGACUCAAUGUGUCUCUUGUGUCCCCCACAGCAGCAGGACACUCAGGGACGAGAGCUUUUUUGUUGUCUUUUGGUUGUUUUUGUGAUACCGUCUCCCCCCCCCCACUUCGUGAGACACAGAACUGAAACCAAGUCACGACAUCAUGUACACAGUUUAAAAAAAAAACCCAAACGUCUGACAGAGAAACAUCAUUUCAAAAUGUACAGGUUUUCAUUAGAAAUAAAUCUUUUAAAAUAA